CUGUCUUGUAAUUUGUUUUUUGUUUGGGGGGGGUGGAUCGUGUUUCCCUGCAGAGAUACAAGGCUGGGAGGUGUGAUGAAAUUCUCAAGUGGAAGCCCCCCAAUCUCAACUCUGUAGACUUUCGCCUGAAGAUCGCUAAAGUCGGAGGAGAAGGGCUGAUCCCGCAGACUGUCGGCUUGCUCUACGUCGGCAGCUAUGACAGCCCCUUUGCAAAGAUGAAGGCCACUAAAGAGCUGAGACAGUACGACAACAAGAUCAUCGAGUGCACCUUCGCCAACAACACCUGGGUGUUCAUGAGGCAGCGGGUGGACAAGAGCUUCCCCAACUCCUACGAGACAGCCAUGGCUGUGUGUAAAAGCAUCCGGGAGCCCGUCACUAAGGAAGUCCUGCUGGGGUAUGUGGACCGCUGCGCUCAGGGGUUCCAAGCCCAGAACCGGAAACACCCGCCAGACCCAGACGCCGAGCUAAUGCCCCCUCCCCCUCCAAAGAGACCCAACCGGGCCACCCCGUAGCCCACGCCCGGGGGGGCCUCUCUGGACUGCUCCACAGUCACUGUGUACAUCCACGUCAACCAGCCUCAUCAUCACAAUGACGGAAGAAACGGACGUUUCAAGGCUUUCUCACCCGCCACACAUUUGCUAGAUCAGCGUGUCCAUCAGAAACCUUUCAUCGACUGCCUCAGCAUCAUUCAUUUACCUUGUAGACUUCUUUGUAGCUUUGACUGCUGGUGUUCUUAUUAAAAUGGAAUUCAUGAUG